UUUUGAUAAUUCAUGGCUCAAAUGUUGUGCAAUUGUGUCAACUAACCCCAACACAGCAAUGCUUUCCACAGUAGCCUAUUGAAUGCUUUACUUUUAAGGAAGCAACAAACGGAAAUAUUCACUUGUAACUUCCCCGUCUGACAUUAUCAUUUAAUGAAGACCUACCUAUAAAAGAAACAUUUUCUUAUUUCUAUAUUUUUCAUCUUGACUGACAUUCGCUCCACAUCAGUAGGAGGCGCUGAUGCGGCGAUAAUAAACACUGACGCCGUCACUACGACGCGAAGAACACACAAUUCGCGCAAUUUUUGUAAUGGCUAAAAGCACACAGUUGAGCUUCAGCUUAUUUACCUACUGAAAAUGGAUGAGGACGCGGCACAAAAACAGAGGCUUAAAGCUGCUGUGCACUACACUGUCGGCCGUCUCUGUCAAGAUAUCUCUGCAGACUGCGAGAAACAAAUCACCAAACAGACAAUAGCAGCUAUUGCAGAGACUGCGUUCAGACAGUGCGAUAUAUUUGCCAAGGACUUAGAAGCGUUUGCGAGGCAUGCUAAAAGACACACAGUUACAGUGGAUGAUGUGAAGCUAACAGCGAGGAGAACCACUGCAUUGUACAACUACAUUCAGCAGAAAAGUGAAGAACUGGCUUUAAACAACCAAGAACUGAAGGAGAAGAGGAAGAAGAAUGCUGCCAAGAGGAAGAGUAAAGACAUGGAAGUGGAGGAGAAUGAGCUUGAAGACUAAAAAAUAAAU